AGACGGCGUGUGGCAGCCAUGAAGGCAUCUGAAAUUUACCGCAAAAUCCAGGAAGGCACUGCAGAGGAGGAGGACCUUAGUGACGAGGAGGAGGAAGAGGAUGACGACAAUUUUGAGGAUGAGGAUGAUGAAGAUGAUGAGGGAGAGGACGAUGAUGAGGCUGGUGAUGAUGACGACGGUGAUAAGGAGGAAGAUGAUGACGAGGAGGCCGAAGAUGAUGACGAUGAACCUUAUGCGGAAUUUGCUAUAAAUAUGAAGGAAGAGCCUGGCUUUGACAGUGGAUGCACAGCCUGCCUAGCACUGAUCAAAGAAAAUGAGCUCUAUGUGGACAAUGUGGGUGAUUCACGCUGCGUUGUGUCCAGAGAUGGCAAAGCCAUUGAGAUGAGUCUCGACCACAAGCCAGAGGACGAUCCUGAGGCAGCAAGAAUCACCAGAGCAGGAGGGAGAGUAACAGCUGAUGGAAGGGUCAACGGAGGACUCAAUCUCUCAAGAGCAAUUGGUGACUAUGGCUACAAGCAAAACAAAAACCUCUCGGCAGAGGAACAGAUGAUCAGUCCGCUCCCUGAUGUUCGUUCCAUGACACUAGAACCCAAAGAUAACUUCAUCAUUGUUGCCUGUGAUGGAAUCUGGAACUCUCUUUCAUCUCAGGAAGCCUGUGAUUUUGUCUCUGAGAGGCUGAAUGAGGAUACCAAGCUCUCAAAGAUUUGUGAGGAGUUAUUUGACCACUGUCUAGCCCCAGUCACUCAUGGGGAUGGCACAGGCUGUGACAACAUGACGUGCAUCAUCAUCAAGUUGAACAAAUUGAAGGUGGAGUCAACCGGGAGUGCCAAGAGAACCUCUGACGAAGCUGGCAACGAAGGGAUCAAGCAAGAGGACAAGAAAUUCAAAAGUGACGGCGAAUUAUGACCAG